GUUGAAAAAUUAAUAGAAGAUGAAAAACUAACCCAUGAACCGGAAAUAUUAUCUAAAGAAUCUUUGACAAAUGAUAAUUCUAAAUGGGUUGGCUUAUAUAAGAUAACAUAUUUAGACCAGAAUGGAAAAAAAAGGUUCUGGGAAAGCGUAGAAAGAAAAACAAGAACCACCAACGAAAUAGAUGGCAUAGUUCCACUAUUAAAAUCAAAGGAUUCAAACACAACAAAAACAAUACUUUGUAUACAAUUUCGUCCUAGCACUGGGAAAAAAUGCGUAGAAUUUCCUGCUGGAUUAGUUGAGAAAGAUGAAGCGCCAGAACAAGCAGCCUUGCGUGAAUUAUAUGAAGAAACAGGAUACACGGGCAAAGCGAUAACUAAUGUUUCAACCAGUAUGUUUAAUGAUGCAGGAAUAACUAAUGCUAAUAUGAAAUUGGUUUUCAUUGAGGUUGAUUUAGAUGAUGAAAUUAAUAAAAAUCCAAUUCCAAAACUUGAAGAGGACGAAUUUAUUAAUAUAUUGCUAGUUGAUUUAAAAGAUCUUUAUUCAACUUUACAAGAGGCAAUUGAUAAUUUUAACUACAAGUUUGCAUUACAACAAUGUAACAAAAUACUUAAAAAACAACCAGAAGCUUUAAUAGUAAAGACUUUGAAAGGUUUAGUGUUAGAAAGAACUGGUAAACAAGAUGAAGCCUUAAAAUUGUGUGAACAAGUUAAAGAAAAGAAUCCAAUUGAUGAAGCAGUAUUGCAAGCACUUACCUUGGUUUAUCUUUCUAUGGGAAAAAAUGAAGAAAUUAUAAAAAUUUAUGAAAAUGCUACACAAAAAAAUCCUAAUAAUGAAGAAUUGGGAAAUCAUUGGUUUAUGGCCAUGGUUCGUAGUAGCAAUUAUAAAGGACAGCAACAUGCAGCAUUAAAAUUACAUAAAACAUUCAAUUCAAAUAAAUAUUUAUUUUGGGCAAUUAUGAGCUUGGUAUUACAGUCAGAAAAUAUACAGCCUAAUCAAAUAAACAUUUUCAUGCCUUUGGCUGAAAGAAUGAUGUUGAAAGCAGUAAAUGAAGGAAAAGUGCAAAACACUGAAGAGGUGCAUUUAUAUUUGAUUAUAUUAUUGGCACAAAAUAAGUUUAAAGAGGUUCUUGAUGUUUUAGAAGGUGAUCUUGGUCAAAGAUGUAAAGAUGAUAUUGAAAUUAUUAGAAUAAAAAAUGAAUUAUUUAUUAAAACUGAAAAUUGGAUGAAAUCCAAUGAGAUGAGUAAGGAAAUAUUAAGUAAAACGAAUAUUGAUGAUUGGACUGCUUAUAAAACAUUUUUGGAUUCUCAUUUAAAACUUAUUGAAGAACAAAAGAAUAACGAUAAAUGUACUGACAGUCUAACUUUGAGUGAUGCACGCGAGUUCAUUUAUUCCUUGCAAAAAAAGGAUUCGGAAUCGUCUGUACCUAAACGAGGCCCAUUUUUAGCCGAGUUGGAAUUGGAACAUCUAAUUUCCAAGAAAGAAAAUUCCGGUGAACUUGCAAAAGUUAUGACAGAUAUGUUGGUUAAUUAUUUCCGCAAGUUUGGGUCAAAAGCUUGUUGUUUUGAAGAUUUACAACCAUAUUUGAAAAAUAUUUCAAAAGUAUCUGCAACAAUGAUUAUUAGUGAAUUUAAAACAACGCUUAUUGAUAGUCAUGACGAAAAAGAGAGUAUUAAAAAUAUUCAAAUAAAUGUGAAUAUUUGUAAAUUUGAAAGGUAUUUUGGGUUACUUUUAGAUUUAAGCGAAUCAGAAUUGAUUACAUAUAUAAAUAAAUUAUGGAAGUUGUAUCAAGAUUCACUUAAAUUUGGUAGAAUAUCUGGUACUAAUUUACCAGAAACAGAAAAGCAACACGGUGACGAUUUUGCUAUCUUGGCAUCUCAUGCUCUUAUCGAUUUGUAUCUUAAGUAUCGUAAGUCAGAGAAAAUUAUAUAUUUGCUUCAAGCAAUUUUUUUGCUGGAAUCAGCAUUGGAAAAAAGCAAAAACAAUUUCCAAUUUAAAUUACUAUUGAUUCGAUUGUAUCAGAAUAUAGGCGUAUUCCAAAGACCGUUAGAAUUGUAUAGAUUGAUGGACAUUAAGCAUGUCCAGCUUGAUACAUUGAGUCAUUAUAUCUUGGCAAGAUGUCUUUCUUUUGGAUUUUAUGAAGAGGCAAACCUACUGUAUGUUGACACACUUUCUAUAUAUAAAAACAAUGAAUUAAAGACACCUGAAAUGAUAAUUCAUGCAUAUAAAUUUUCCACUUUUUCCAAAAUUCAAGAAUUUAUUGAAUUUCAAAAAAGACUGGAAAAUUCUAUACAAAAGGCUAUUGUUGAUAGAGAAAAAGUAAGAUUGGAAAAUAUCAUUGUUGGACCUAAAGAUUUGAAUAAACGAAUUGGUGAAUUAAAUAUUUUGGAUUUAAAAUUUGACGGUAAUUAUUGUUUUAUCCAAGUAGAUUUUUCGGUUAUGAUUAAUUGUAAUCCUCCGGAUCAAAAAUCAAUCGAAGAAUUAAUAAGAUCAUCACCAAAUAAUGAUGUAGCUAUCAUAUAUCAUAUUGUCAUAAUAUUGACAAACGAAGAAAUUCAAUUAUCAAAUCUUAUUAUUAAAUUAUCAAAUUUGUAUUUAGGUCUUAAAAAUUUACUUUCUGGCCAAAAAGAAUUAAAUCAACAAGUAACUUUAAAAAUAGAAGAACUCACAUCUCAAGUCAAUGAAUUGUUGACAGAUAAGGAAAAAGUUAGUAUUGAAAAAUCAUUAUCUAGGAACAUUAAUAAAUAUUCAUCGACAUUAGAGAUGAUCACCAAUAUAAUGGUUAUAGUCAAAAUAAUAAAUGACAUGUUAGUAAAAAGUAGCAACAGAAAUAAAAAAUUUAUUAAUAGAUCUAUUAUUCAAUCAUUACAAAAUUUUACAUCGGAACGUAUACGAGAAAAACUUCAAAGUUUUCAAUCGAAAUUAACCAAUUUAAAAACUGAAUUGAAAGGUGAUAAGGUUCAAAAAUUAUUAUUUUCUACAGUGAUAAAAAAUGAGAAUAGCAAUGAUAACAUUUUGGAAUUUUGUUUGGACAAGAAAAAUGAACCAUUUAUUAAAAGUGUACUAUCGCGAAUAGGGACUAGUUGGUCAACAAAAUACUAA